AGUUGAACAGAGCGUUUACUUCCUGCUAGGCACGAAAUGCUGUAUUGUAAGCAAGCCAAGCCACUGCUAACCCACAAAAGGUCCUUGGGUUUGCUUCUCCUGAAGUACGCCUCGGCACUGAACCCUUGUCUUACUUCAGACACCGCGUACGAAUCUCUAUUCCUUCCAAAAAGUAUAUUUGAACCUCAUUCUGCCAUCACUUCAUUCCGCCCCGAUUGUUUCCACCGAUUAUUAGUUCAGCAAAGUGCCAGUUCUGUAUUUGUCCCACCCGUAGACGGGCACGUCGUGUGCGAUAUCUCACAGACUCUUACCGCUGUAUGUUGCCAAUUGACUUUGCCCAAUCUAAUAAGAUAAAUGAAAUAAAAGGCGUUUUUUAUAUGA